AAUUACUCAUCUUCCGACUCGCAAUACAAAAAGAAAUGUUUUCUAAAUUCUGACCUUCAUUUUUGCGGAUUGUUGUAAUUCAAUUUUUUCCUCAAUCGCAAAGGUGUUUCAUCUUGGAUAUGGUGGUCAGUUAAGCCAAAGUAUAAUUCAUCCAAUUAAGCACCACAUAGCAACAAAUUCUUAUUAUUUUGACUCUACAAAAGGCAUCAUCACCAAACCAAUUGGAAAAUGCACAACAAUAGUAACGCAAGUGGUAGUUUAGGACAAAAUGGCCACGUACCACGAACAGAAUAUUCAUGGGAAGAAGUAAGCAUUGAAGUGCCAUGGGGAACUGUACAAGGUAAAUGGUGGGGUAGUCGUGAUAAACAACCCAUUUUGGCACUUCAUGGGUGGCAAGAUAAUGCCGGAACUUUUGACAGACUCUGUCCCAUACUCGAUCCAUCUUAUCCAGUGUUUUGCAUCGAUCUGCCUGGUCACGGAAAGUCAACGCCUUAUCCCCCAGGAAUGCAGUAUUAUCUCUUUUGGGAUGGCAUCACAUUAAUUCGAAGAAUCGUGAAAAAAUUCGGUUGGAGUAAAAUGAUUCUGAUGGGUCAUUCGUUGGGUGGUGCUCUGACCUUUAUGUAUGCCUCUGCAUUCCCUGAUGACGUUAGCAAGCUAAUAAACAUCGAUAUUGCUGGCCCAACAGUUAGAGAUUUGAAAAAACAGGCUGACAUAACCGGGUUAGGCAUUGAUAAGUUCCUCGAAUAUGAAAAUCUGCCGGAGUCGAAAAUUCCCUGCUACAACUACAACGAUAUGAUCCAGCUAGUUCUGGAUGCAUAUAGUGGUUCGGUAGAUGAGGAAGGUGCAAAGAUUUUGAUGAAGCGAGGAAUGCGUCCGGCCUUGAAUUCCAAAGGUUUUCACUUUGCCAGAGAUGUUCGAUUGAAAGUCAGUUCUUUGGCUAUGUUCAAUGCAGAUCAAGUACUGGCAUUUGCUUCUCGUAUCAAAUGCAAAGUGUUGAAUCUUCGAGCUGAUCCAGGGAUGAACUUUGAGAAUCCCCAGAUGUAUGAACGUGUUAUAGAAGCUAUGCGUGAGAGUGCGCAGAUGGUUAUCUAUAAAAAAGUACCUGGAACACAUCAUGUUCACUUAGUAACACCGCAGGCGGUAUCUGGUGAAAUAAAUGAAUUUUUAAAAAUAUAAAUUACAAUCUAUUCCUACUAUCCAAAGAUAGUAGGUAAUAACAGUGUGUCUUGGAGGAUAUAAGUUGGGAUUUUGAGAGGCUUCAGUGAGUUUAGUGUGUAAAUAAAAAAAUUAAUUUGGUGAUAAAAAUAAGGAACAAAACUAAAAAAUAAAAUCGAACAAAUCAAAGAA